CGGAAGUAGUCUUUUCCAAGAUUCACACUCGGCUCCUAUUUUUCGUUAUCUCUCUUUGAUAUGGCAUUCCGGGGAUCUUCUAGACCAAAUGAUAAUGGUUCGAACGCCCAGCAACAAAACUACACACAAGAUGGUCGCUUGAAUGAUGCCACAAGAGGAGCAUGGCAGCAAACUCCACCACCUGCUCCUAAAAUUCAUGUACCCCCUCCCCCAUUUGGUCCAUAUGUGGGAGAGACUCCUUUGUUUCCAACUUUACCCCCAGGCCCUCCCCCUGGGAUUCCACCCGGUCCCCCUCCAGGAUUACCCCCAGGGGGUCAAUUCAAUAUUCCACCCCCUGGGCCAAGUAGUGACAUGUCACAACCCCCUGCAUUCAGUUUUAUGCAAGGGCCACCCCUGGCCCCACCACCCCCUUUGAAUGCACCAUUUGGGGAUGUUGACAUGAGGGUUCCUCCUAAUACCCAAACGCAACCACAACAACAAAAUCCAGGAGUAUCAGGAUCACAUUAUGAUAAAUUUGACAACAGGAGUAGGUCUAAAUGGGAUAGAGAGACAGACAGAGACAACAGUUCUGGUAGAGGUCACUGGAGGUCAGUUCAAAGUUCAAGGUCACCAAGAUCAAUGUCCAGAGAAAGGUCAUUUGACAGUGGAAUCAGUGUGGCAUCAAAUAGAUAUGACUCCAGUGCGACAAGGUCAAGGACAGAUCACAACUCAAGAUCCAGACAACGUGACAACAUCAGAUCAAGCGGAAGAUCAAAUGAAAGAUCAAAUAAUAGAUACCGAUCCAGGUCUAGAGAUCGCUCAAGAGAAUCAUCAUACAGAGGAAGUGUUGGGUCCCGACCAAAUAAUUCAAGAUCAGGAGACAACGACAGAAGGGACAAUGAUAGAAGGGAUAAUGAGAGAAGGGACAAUGACAGAAGAGACGACAGAAGGGACAAUGACCGAAGAGAUUAUUCAAGAGAUAGAAAACCUGGGAGAAUGGAUGGCUCUCCAAGGAGACCACAUGAAAGAAUAGAGAAAGGCCCUGAAAGAACCAACUCACCCCUAUCCCGAUAUGAUCGUCGUAAAAACCAGCCGAAAUCUGAAGCUAAGAAACUCUUAGAAGAAAAGAAACUUCUAGAACAAAAGAGAGCAGCUGAGAUGGAGAAACCCAAAGAGAAAAAGAAGGAAAUGCCUGUGUGGGUGAGAUGUGCACCUGCUGACCUUUACUUCCAGCGAGAUGAACAGACAGGCAGUAUGGGAACCACACAGAAAAUGAAGGACCUACAGAAAAAAUUUGAGGAAGAUCUACUACUGCGAGCCAAGAAAAUCCGAGCUUCUAAACCAAAGCCAGAUCCUUCAACUUGUACAACGAAUCUUAUCAGCUUAAUGCAUACACAUAGUGCUGAUCCAGAAAAUCCAGCUGAAGGUGGAGAGAGUUCAAGUGAUGAUGAUGACGAUGAUGAUGUUCUGGGGAAGUGUCACUUUGAAUACAUGAGGAAAGAGCUUGAGAGAAAGCUUAAUGAUCCUGACCGUCUCCAUGAGGAUCUCUGGUUCAAUGAACCUGGACAGCAAAAUGAUGGCCCCUGGUGCCGCUGCAGUGCAGAACAGAAGGAAUUUGGAAUACGUCAUAAUAUUUACCCAGGAGAGAAGAGGGCGCCCAAGUGCAAUCCAGACAGCAACAACGCACGUAGUCUCUACAACUAUCACAUCACCAUGACACCAGAAACAAACUUUAAAGCAAGAACUCCAUCUACGAUUAGUCAUGAUGGUCACAGCUACAUAUUUGAGGGCUUCUCAUUGCUCUCUCAUGCUCCUAUAGGACAGAUCCCAAAGUGUUCAGUAUUGAGGUACAAUAUUGACUACACCAUACUCUGGAAGCAGGAGCCAGUACCAGAGAACUUUAACAUAAAAAGUGCAGAUAUGGUGACUGACUUUAUCUACAAAGAACUGCUGGAAUUCAUAGAUCUUGAUUGCUUCGAAGAAUUAGAUGAUGAAACUUGCCGUAUUUUCCAUCUUGUGCCACGAUUUAUACGAGAGCUUCCUGAAAAUGGCAAGGAACUACUUUCAAUUGAUGCAGUUUUGAAAUAUUUCCUAGACAACAAUAAACCAUUGUUAGAGAAAUCUGAGCUCCAUCUAUUGGCAAAAUUAGAAAAACAUGAAUGGCAGGAGUUUGUAGAUGAGGUUCAAGGAAUGUUGGUAACAGUGCCGGGAAUGCGACCAGGUGCAUUUAGAGUCGACCAGAUUGAUCGACCAGUCGUAGAGGACAAUGAGCCAAAGUACCCAAUGUUGGUACAUUUUGGUAUGAGGCCACAUCAACUGACUUAUGCUGGUGAUCAGAAUUUUCAGAAAUUGUUCAAGAAAUAUUUAAAGCUGAAACAUUUAUUGGCUAAUAAACCAAAGGUGUCUAUUGUUGAUAAAGAGGCACUAUGGGGCAAAGAGGAUGAAUUGUCAGAUCUGAAAUCAAAGUCCAACAUGAAGAAAGAGAUCACUACAGAGCUAAGUAGCGAGGGUUGUAUGAGGACAGGAAUUCGUUCUGAUAUAUGCCAACACGCCAUCUUUAUGCCAGUUCUCAUCAGCCACCUCCGCUUCCAUAAUUGCCUCAACAACUUAGAGGAUAUUCUGGAAUAUAAGUUCAAAGAUAGAUACAAACUGCAGCUUGCAUUGACUCAUCCCUCACACAAAGUGAAUUUUGGCACUACCUCAGAUCACGGUCGCAACACACUCUCCAAUUGCGGCAUCAGGAGCCCUAACUAUGGGACUGGUGUGGCAACCAAACUUAAGACUCACAGAAAGAGAGGUAUAAAUGUAUUAUUUGAGAUAAUGUCUCAAAUGGGCAAUGAACAACCAACACUGUCGGAUAUAAGUCACAAUGAGAGGUAUGAACACCUUGGAGAUGCUGUCUUGGAGUGCAUCGUCACUGUUCAUCUGUACUUCAUGUUCCCACAUUUGGAUGAAGGUGCUCUUGCCACAUUUAGAUCUGCAAUUGUUCAGAAUCAACAUCUUACAGUAUUAGCCAAGAAUCUUCAACUUGAGAAGUACCUCUUGUAUUCCCAUGGUGCUGAGCUUUGCCAUGAUUUACAUCUAAAUCAUGCAUUAGCUGACUGCUUUGAGGCUAUGUUAUGUGCCUUGUAUUUAGACGGAGGUAUUCAUGUUGCCCAAAAGGUGAUGGCCAAGUGUUUAUUUGGUAGAGAAGAAGAUGCUCAUCUUCAUGACAUAUGGACAAACCCAAGACCUGAUCCUUUACAGGAUGAUGAACCUGAUGGUGAUAGACACUGGAUAUCUUCUAGCCCAGUGCUCCAGAACCUUACAGAGCUUGAGGAGGUAACAGGUUUACAGUUCAAAUGGAUUAGACUUCUAGCCAGGUCACUCUCGCCAAAAUAUGUUGGCUACAAUAAUCUAACCCUUGGCCACAAUGAGAGAAUGGAGUUCCUUGGAGACAGCAUCUUACAGUUUAUUGCAUCCCUCUAUCUCUUCAACCAUUUUCCCAAUCAUCAUGAGGGCCAUCUAUCUUUGCUUAGAAGCUCUUUAGUGAACAACAGAACCCAGUCAAUAGUCUGUGAUGAACUAGAUCUCACCAAAUAUAGAAUCAAUCCAACUGCUGAUAUAGCCUGCAGGAACAAGAAAUCAAUUUCAUAUAAGGAAAAAGCCGAUUUGCUAGAAGCCUUCAUAGCUGCCAUGUUCAUAGACCAAGGGUUAGACACUGUGGUAGCCUUUUGCAAGGUCUGCUUCUUCCCAAGACUUAAGCACUUUAUCCUGACCCAAGAUUGGAAUGACCCCAAGUCACAUCUGCAGCAAUGUUGUUUAACUCUGAGGGAGCUGGAUAAGGGAGAACCAGAUAUUCCAACAUAUAGGAUUAUUGAAUCCCAUGGUGCAACAAACAGCCGCAGAUACACCGUGGCCGUCUACUUCCGUGGUGAAAGACUGGCUAGUGGAACAGGACACAGUAUACAACAGGGAGAGAUGCAUGCAGCUAUGAAUGCAUUAACUGAUAAAGAGUACAUGUUCCCACAUCUCAAAUACCAGAGAUCAUUUGUGAAGAACAGACGGAAGUUGGCAGCGUUAGACCCAACAGACAAGAAGGACAUAUGGCAGAACUCCAUAUGGGAAACAGGACUCCCAAAGGAUGAUCCCACUAAAAACAGAAGGAAAUAUAAACCUCAAAUACCAAAACGUUAUAAAAAGUGAAACUGUUAUUGUGCCAGGACAUAUUUGUGCAUUACUUGAAUUCAAAUAGUACUUGUAUGUGUAUGUGUUUCACUUGCAGUAUUUAUCCCAGCUCUGUGUAUUACAUGUAUUAUGUGCAUUGGAGUUCACAUACAUGUAUUAUGUACAUUGGAGUACACAUACAUGUAUGUAUGUUCAUUGACUGCGGAAAAGAACAUAACAGAGCAUUAUUUGCAGUAAAAGUACAUAGCUGUGCUUUACUUAUACAUAUAUGUGCAUUCUUUGCAAUCCGUCUUGAUUACACGUCCAUUUAAGGUAUUGUAAAUCUAGAGUUUAUUCGGUUAGUAUGUGAGAAGUAGAAAGUGCAAUGAAUUCUUCAAGUCACUUAUUAGUACAUUUUUGGCAUUUAUGAUAGACUGAUGCAACGAAGAAUAUUAGAGUUUUGAAUGUAAAUCAAAUUAAAAUAUUUAAAUUAAUGACAAAAUAUGUCAUUCUUAUUUAAUGAUGAUGAAUAAAUAAUCAUGAAUAAUGAACUCAA